AUGGGACAAUUGCCAUCUGCUUGUGUACGACCAUCUAAAACAUUCCUACACACCGGAAUAGAUUACGCUGGGCCAGUAACACUCAAGACUUUUCAAGGUCGAGGUGCCAAAACCUAUAAAGGAUGGAUCACUGUUUUUGUAUGUCUCGCUACGUCCGCUAUACACAUUGAAAUUGUCACCGAUUACUUUACUGAUGCUUUUGACGCCACAUUUCGAAGAUUUAUUAGUCGAAGCGGCACCUGCAGUACCCUAUACUCGGACUGUGAUGACACAGACUGGAAGUUCAACCCACCAAGCACUCCCCACUUUGGUGGCAAGUGGAAAGCAGUUGUAAAGUCAAUCAAGUUUCAUCUUAUACGAAUUAUUGGUGAAUCGCUAUCGACUUACGACCAACUCGCUACAGUCUUAGCACAGAUUGAGGCUGUGUUGAAUUCAAGAUCGGUUAAACCACUAUCAGAAGAUCCUGCAGAUUUAACUCUAACUCCUGGAAAUUUCCUCAUCGGUGAACUGCUAAUCGCUGUACCUGGACCCUUACUACUAGAUAACAAUUCAGCUACAUUGUCACGCUGGCAACAAUCGCAACAAAAGUUCCAGAGAUUUUGGAGUAGAUGGUCAUCGGAAUAUCUACAAAGGUAUCAAUCAAUAUCUAAGCAGCAUAAUCCCCAAAAUGACAUCAAAGUGGGUUCAUUAGUCUUGUUGACUGAUGAAAAAUUCCUGUUGUAA